UGGGAAAGGCGGGGCCGGGCACGCCGGCGUCACGCAUUAGGGCGGGGCCACACUAUGCAGCAACGCAAGGAAGAGCUAGAGGCAGCGCGCUGGAAUUUGGCAACUGAGAUUCGUUUGCAUCACAACUCUUCCGAUGGCAAUAUGGAUUGACACAGCGCCAACUGAGAUAUAACAGAGGAGGAAACGGCCACACAGGAGUGUGCCUGGCUGUGUGUGGGUUUCCACCACUCCUGUUACUCUAGCAUCAACACACACAAAUAUCCUGCCACAAUGCAGCGGAGGGAACGGCCAUGGUCGGUGUACAGGGCAAAUACAUUAGAGCUUUCUUCCGAGAUGCUUGGACUAGCAUUGGAAGGAAACAGUCAAGAUCCAGAUGAGCCAAUACUGGAGUUCAGUCUUGUCUGCAGUGAGCUGACAACACCGUCCCUGGACCGAAAACCCAACUGUUUUGUUGCUGUGAGCUGUACCACACCUCCUCAGGCUUUCUGGACCAAGCAUGCACAGACGGAGAUCAUUGAGGGUACAAAUAAUCCCAUGUUCCUCAGCAGUGUGGCUUUCUUCCAAGACUCCUACAUUAACCAGCACACACAGGUCAAGCUCUGUGUGUACGAUGUAAAAGAUCGCUCACAAGGAACGAUGUACCUUCUUGGCUCAGCGAUGUUCCCAGUGAAGGACCUUCUGCAGGAAAAGAACCACAGACUUAACUUACCUCUCAGGUCAGCAGAAAACAAGGAUGUGGGUAGUAUUACAGUCAUUGCCUGGCAGCUAGAGGAGAAGAGAGAUCAGCAUACACCAAUUAAACAACUGCAAGACACCAUCAAUGGCAGGACAGUCCUCCCCGUGGAUGAGAGUCUGACAGAAUCUGUGGGAGUCCGAGUGAAAUACGCCUCUCUGUGGAAAGACUCCUUUCUACGAUCCGUGUUUGGUGGCACCAUGUCACGCAUGUACCGUUUUCCAACCACUGAUGGGAAUCAUUUACGAAUCCUGGAACAGAUGGCUGAGAGCGUCCUGUCACUUAACAUCCCACGACAGUUCGUCAAACUCUUACUGGAAGAGGAUUCUGCCAGAGUAUGUGAGCUGGAGGAGUUGGGCGAGUUAUCUCCGUGUUGGGAGAAUCUCCGGCGGCAAAUCGUAACGCAGUACCAGAGCAUCCUUCUGACCUAUAAGGAUACAAUCACAGACCUGCAGGACUACAAAGGUCCAUCAUUUAAAGCCAGUAAUCUGAAAGCAGAGAGGAAGUUGGAAUUUAUGCCCACCAACCUCCAUGUGCAGAGAAUGAGGGUUCAGGAUGAAUCUGGCUGUGAUCACACCUAUGAUUUGGUGACGAUUGGGGCCCCUGCAGCUCACUGCCAGGGCUUCAAAAAUGGUGGUUUGCGGAAACUCCUACAGAAAUUUGAGGAGGCAAAGAAAGUCAUUUAUGAAGAGGAAUGCAGCAGUGCUCUGUCCAGCUCCCAGUCCAUCGUCUACAUCCCUCAGGAUAUUGUCCGUGCCAAAGAGAUCAUUUCCCAUAUCAACACGCUCAAGACUCAGGUCAGCUACUACGCUGAGCGGCUUUCUCGCGCUGCUAAAGAACGCUCCGCUAACGGCAUGGAGAGAACCCUCGCCAUCUUAGCAGAUAAGACACGACAGCUGGUGAUGGUGUGUGACUGUAAACUGCUGGCGUCUGCAGUGCAGGCCCUGAACGCGGCAAGACCCGAGUACAUAGCCUCUAAAAACUCACCCACUGCUGACUCAGAGCAGGUUGUGCUGAGGAAUGAUCAGGACACACUGCUGGCCAAAUGGAGCGGCAGGAACAGUCGCUCAUCCCUCCACGUUGACUGGCAUGAGGAGGAGUGGGAAAAGGUGUGGGGGAAUGUUGACAAAAGUCUGGAGUGUAUAAUCCAGCGAGUGGACAAACUGCUGCAGAGGGACCGUCUGCACAGCAGCAGCAGUGAGGACAUGUUCCAGGCUGACCAGCAAGGCGUCACCAGUAAGAAAGGUAAUAGGAAAACAAAAGCCUUCUGGAUCAACCCUGUCUGCAUGGAAGAGUCUUCCUCGGCCCCUGAACCACAACAGCAGUCACCUUCACCUUCAUCCUCACCACCCGAUCUGAACCCUGCAUGCCCGGUUAAUGCAGAAAUGCAUGCCUGUGAGUGGAGCGAGGCCCUGUAUCCCCUCUUGACGACCCUAACGGAGUGUGUGGCCAUGAUGAGUGACAAAGCCAAGAAGUCAAUGGUUUUUUUGCUCAUGCAAGACAGCGCACCAACCAUCGCGAUGGACCUCAACCUGCAGUACCGCCGAGACGUGGUCUUCUGCCAGACGCUCACAGCACUAAUUUGUGGCUUCAUCAUCAAACUGAGAAACUGUCUCCGUGAUGACGGUUUCCUGAGACAGCUUUACACCAUUGGUCUGCUCGCUCAGUUCGAGUGUCUAUUAAGUACUUACGGAGAGGAGCUGGCCAUGUUAGAGGACAUGAGCAUAGGAAUAAUGGACCUUCGGAACGUGACGUUUAAGGUGACGCAGGCCAUCUCUACCUCUUCCCCCGACAUGCUGCCGGUGAUCACCGGAAAUCGAGACGGGUUCAACGUUCGCAUCCCUCUCCCAGGAAGCAUGUUUGAUGCAUUGCCAAGGGAGAUCCAGAAUGGCAUGCUGCUGCGGGUACAGCCGGUGCUGUUCAACGUGGGCAUCAACGAGCAGCAAACGCUCGCCGAGAAAUUUGGAGACACUUCGCUUCAGGAGUUCAUCAACGGGGAGAGUCUGGCUCGUCUUAACUCUUACUACCAGCAGUUCAAGGAGGUUUUACCGGAGGACUGUCUUCCUCGCUCUCGUAGUCAGACGUGUCUCCCAGAGCUGUUGCGGUUCCUUGGUCAAAAUGUUCAUGCUAGGAAAAAUAAAAAUGUAGACAUCUUGUGGCAGGCUGCUGAGAUUUGUCGGCGACUGAACGGAGUGCGUUUUACCAGCUGUAAAAGUGCGAAGGACCGCACUGCUAUGUCAGUGACUCUGGAGCAGUGUCUGAUCCUGCAGCACGAGCACGGCAUGGCCCCGCAGGUCUUCACCCAGGCCCUCGACUGCAUGCGCAGCAUUGGGACCAGGGAGGGGGUAACUCAGAAGAACCUGAGCGGCUUAUUGCCCAUACGUGACUUCAGGCUGGACCCCAGUCUGCUCUACUCUCUGCCCCUUCUGGCCCUGAGCCCAAACCUGCUCAUCGUCUGGGUGUUCCUCAGCAUAGCCUACCUGCUGGCCAAACUCCGCUGCAGCUGAGCCUGAGACCCCCUUCUUUAAUUUUUCUUUCUCUCUCUCAAUUGCUCCAGUUAUCUCAGCACUUCCUUUCUCUUUUUAUUUUCACUUUUUUCUCCUGUGGGUGAGGAGUUGUUUGCAGACAACGCUGAAUUCUCUCUGGUUCAUUUCAGCCCCUUUCUCUAAAGGCCCUGAUAUACUCAUGGCAAAGAUCUUUUUCUUUUUUCGCUUGGGGAUAAAAAGAAGAUCGAAAUACCUUAGCAGGUAUACAGUUAGCGAACAAUCCAAAACUGUGAGCGUGUUUAGGUGAAUAUCUAAAUGCUGUGCGCUUUCCUCUCACUAACAAAAUUAACACACAACAAAAAUGACAGCAGUGAGAAAACAGCAGUUAAGAAAGCAGCUGAUAAUAGUGAUUUGGAUGUUUUAGGGGUGUAACGAUACAUAGUUAUAUCGCGAUAUAAAAAUGCGACGAUAUGUAUGAUUCGCGUUUUAUUCAAGACUCAGCUUACUGCAUUUAUAAAGUAUAAUUCACCCGAAAAUGUAGAUUCUGUCAUCAUGUACUCACCCUCAUGUCGUUUCAAACCUACACGAUUUUCGUUCAUCUUUCAAACACACUUUUUUUUUAUAAAAUCUGAGAGAUUUCUGUCCAUCGAUUUAAAGUAAGUUCCCCUAAAACUUAAACAACAAAAAAGGUCAUAAAGGCAUCGUAAAAUAAUAUAUAGAGCGGUCUAAUCCAAAUCCAAGUCUUCUGAGGAGACACGAUGGCUUUAUAUGAUGAACAGAUUUACAACGACGCGUAUACUGUAAACACAGACGUUCAAGUGUAUGUGUGCGUGAAACGACAUGAGAGUGAGUAAAUGAAGAGAAUUUUAAUUUUUGGAUGAACUAAUAAAAGUUUGGGAAGUCAUUUUGACAUGCUUUGCGAUUAGAACUGUUACUGAUCAUCUGAAGCGAUACUCGCUGGAGUAGAAACAGUUGGAGGCCCCCCAUCAUUCAGUCAAAUGAUUCCUUCAAAACGUGGAUUCAUUCAGAAACGAAACAUCACUGUGUUGCUCAGAGACACACAAUGGCUCUGUGGAUUUGCUUGGAGCAUUUUUCGUUUGUGAAAUAGAGGAAAAAUAGACAAUGUUCCAAGUCUGAAAUGAAAGUCACCUAACAUUAGCUUCUUGUUCUUGAACUGUUGCAUGAAGUCAGUAGGCUAUCACAUUUGCAAUCGUGCUGAUAUUCGGGAAAACAGCACUCUAUACCCUGUUAUAAAUAUAAAAAACAAGAACUCAUACAAGGACAUUUUUGCCUCAUAUAUCUUGAAUUUUGGGGGCAUUUUUAUUAAAUUUGGUGGCAUUUUUGCCCCUAGCACCCGUUAAUUUCUGUGAUGGUGGGGGGCAUGGCUCUUCUUCGAGGCCCCUUCUGUUGCGAGGCCCGUUUCAAGUGAAAUGGAUAAGGCCGCAACUGGUGAAAGUGCAAACAUCAUUUAAAGCGGCACUCCUCAAAGUGAAAUUGCGUUUUUAGUUUUGGUAGUAUGAUGAUUCAAAGCAUUUUAUAUUGUUUAUAUAUUUUGUUAAUCAUGUAAGUGUAUAAUCUGCGCAGAUGGCUUGUCUGUGUAAAAGAGAUUCAACAAAUUCCUGCAUUGAAAGAGUGUGAGUGUACUGCAUUAGAAAAAAUGAAAGUUUACAGAGUUUCCGUAAUAGUACUACUAUAUUUAAUGUUGAAUAUAAUGUAUAAUUAUGCAAUUGGGCAAUAUUUGUGGGUCCUGAUAGUGCCAAAUAAAAAAUUGCUUUUUAAUUGUAUAGUAUAAUUUUGUAUUUUCAGGUUCAGAAUCAUGAAUGUUUUUAUUCUGGUGUCACCAUUAAGAAGUUCUCUCUUAGGUUCUAGCAAUCUUAAUUCUAAUUUCGUGUUAAUAUUCAGUUUUAUUGUUCAGUGACACACCUAGUCAAGUUCAAUUCAAUUAAAUCUUGAAAUAUUGUAAAUUCUUUAUUAAGUUGUAUGUACAACAAAGAAAGUUAUUGAAAAUUGUUAAUGUUUUGGAUAUAAAUCUGUUUUUUGAAUUUCAGUUUCAUUUUUAAAUUUUGUUCAAAAUAUUGUGAUAUGUAUCGUAUCGUGAACCCAGUAUCGCGAAAUCGUGAGCUGAGCGUAUCGUUACACCCCUGCAUCAGCUAUGCAAUUUGGCACACCUGUCAAGUCACGUUCAUUUAUAUAGCACUUUAUACAAUAGAUUGCUUCAAAGCAAGCAGCUUUACAUUAUUAAAUAUUAAAAACAGUCGGUGUCAGUGUCACUUUCAAUUACUAUAAAGCAGCUCUCCAGUGUGUUCAUGUUUUUACUCGCGUCUGACCUCUGAAAGCAAAUUACGUAAUCACCAAUUCGAAGGUGUUUACCAGCCAGAGUGAACUUUUCAGGAAAGUUCACUUUGGCAAGCUUUUUCAAACUCUCGAAACGAACUUCGUUUUGACCUGAUUUCGUUCUAUAAGAUUUUGUUCAUUCUUCGAUUUUGCUUGAAGUAUAUCUGGGCCUUAACAGCCAGUCUAAAGGUCUUGGUGUUUCUAUCUGCCUUAUCUCUCUCUCUCUCUCUCUCUCUCUCUCUCUCUCUCUCUCUCUCUCUCUCUCUUAAGUAAUCUUGGAUGACAUAAGAGAAAAGUUUGUACAUUAAUUUGUGACAUAUUACAGAUAUUCUGAAUUAUUUUAGAGGGUACAUUGAACAUAUAUAUUUAAGACAUUGAUUUAUUUAUUCAAUACUAAAUAUUCUUAUAAUAUAAAACUGUUUUAUUUAUGUUAUUAUAACAGCACGCAUAUAGUGUGCUGGGGUUCCGUACAAUAUUUAUAAUAAUGAGAUACUGUUUCUGUAACAGUAUCGUGGAGUUUUCCAGUGAUUUUUGUGGUCGAUUUUGUUAUGUCUUCCAUGUGUUUCUAUCUAAAUGCAAAGCUAAGGCCUAGCCAAAGCUAAUUUCAACUAUCAUCGCACUUGCUUUAAAAAUGUAUUGCACUUUAGGGUGUUAAGUGUGUCCGUGUCUUCCCAUGUUUUGCAGGAAGAAAACAUUUUGUUCUUUUACCAUGAUUGGUCUGCACUAGCCUGUUUGCAGCCUUUCCAGUGAAACUGUUAAAUUUGGCCAUAUAAGAUUGUAUUUUCAGUCAGGGAAAUCUAAAUAUGCACUUGAGAAUUACUUUUUCACUGUCAGCUGAUAGAACAGCAAUAGGUUUAAUAGAAAUUUUGUGUAAAGGAAUGUUCCAGGUUCUGUUAAACACAAGACAGACAAUUUGGACUCGUCACUCAAUUCGUAAAAACAAAACCUUCUUUACAUUAAUGCACUAACAAUGAAAGUCUAUGGGGAAAGGCACUAACAUUAAAAUACGCAAUUUUGAAAAUACAACCACUGCUUCUUACAAAUUGAGAACGCAAUCAAUGUUUCAGAUAGCUUGAACUGAACCUGGAACAGUCCUUUUAAGAUGUAUCUGUUCAGAUGAGAAGAACAUUUAUGUGUUGCUUUAAGUAAAGUGUUCUUAUGCAGGACUGAUGAAUAGAAAGUAUGUUCUUUUGCCAAAACUAAUCAUGACAUACAGGCUGCAAAUCUUCAGAAUUCUUCCCUUAUUUAUAUGUAAAUAUAUAUUUUAUAUGUAAAUAUUUACCACAAUGAUUACAUCAUUUUAAAGGACUCCCAGUUUAAUCGUGCUUCCCUCUGUGCCAAAUUAGAAAUGGCCUCUCUGUGCUUUGUAAAAUUUGUCUGGCCACAUGCCACGGCCAGUACAUCUGCUGUUUACAAGUUAGCAGUGCUUGAGUUUACAUGCCCUAAAGAGCUGUCCAUUACAUGAACGUUAAAAAAAUUAACAUUCACCAGGCUUAAUUUGACCUACAAAAGAAAUUGACUGUCCCAAAAUAUCUCCAUUUGAGAUGCUGAAGGGGUUCGUUUAUAAUGAUGUUGCGGCUCUGUGAGUCUAUUUUUGCUCAAUUUGCUUUAAAAACAUCAGAGAUGACUUCCAGACUUUUUCCUGUUUGUUUUAAAUCAUGUUGGAUAAUGUUACUAGCUGUAUUCUGAGUAUGAUUACAUCUGGAGAAAGGUUUUGGUGACUGAUUUUGAAGUUUGUUUAGACAGUGAUAGUCUAAGAUACUGCCUUGGGUUUGGCUGAAUGUCAUUUUUAGGUUUUAACGAAUAGAAUUUAAGGAUAGGACUCAGUUUGAUAGCUUUAAAGUUUGAUUAUUUGUUUUAAGUAGGGCUGCAUGAUUAGGACAAAAAAAGAAAUUAUUUCCCUUGAUAUUGUAAUCUGAGUUAUUUUAUUAUUAUAAAUUCACAACAUUUAUAUACAUACAGCUUGCAGUGUAAAUUUGAUGUUACUUUGUCUACUUUACAAACAAGCUGCACAACAUCUAUCCAAAUAAUUGCAAAUUAUGAACUGUGUUUUUAGCCUGUGUUCGUGUGCUUCUGCAAAUAACUUGUUCAUUAGGAUCGGUUGUUGUUACUGACAGGCGUAAAUGCCUCUAAUUCGCACAACAUACCAGUUUGUGAUUGUUCAAACGCUGCAAGAAACACAUGUUGUUCUAAAUGGAAUGCUGUAUAGAGGGUAUGCAUAGACGUCACUUUCCCGCCGGAAUGUGUCAGAACGAGUGGCAAAAGAGCUGCUGCAUGACUGGAUUUAAUAGGGGAAACAGUGAAAACGCAAGUAAAACAAACGAUUACACUAAAGGUUGGGCACGAAAGUGUUCCUUAUGACAUGUCAAAGAAACCUAAUCCAUGGAUAUUGGCAUGCAGCCAGGAAUCGUGUUUCCUGACAUUUAUAUGUUCCUGAUUUCGACACCGGGGAAAUACAUAAAGCAAAUCGGCCUGUGAACACUUUAUAUAACUACAAUAUAGGUAGGUCUAAAUCGGAAUCGGAGUAAUCACUUAUAUCAAUGUUAUAUAUUUCGUCAUAUCGUCCAGCCCUAAAACUUGUCAGUGUUUAUUUAAAAACACCCAAUUAUGCAGAAUAUAAGAUGGUAAAUAUUUAAUUGAUGAGUUGUCAACACAAUAUAUAACAAUACAAUACAUAGGGUAUGAUUUUACCCCAAAAUCUAACAUUUUGACACAAAAAGAUAACUGCAAAACAUGUUUCUCUGCCUGGAGUCCAGCUGUUUCUGUGAAUUGCAGCGACCUAUUUGCUUCUUUUUUUCCUGUAGCUUUCAGCAGUCUGUAAAAAUAUACCUCAGAUUUUGUGUCAAAGCUAUUUGUACAGUCAGUCGCAAAGCUCUUUCCCGUUUUGGAUGUUUUUUUGUGUUAUUCGCGGCAUUCACGCUAAAAACCAAUGCUGCCGCUCAGUCUUUUGCCACUCAGUGGGCGUAACCGCAGUUAUAACGGUCGACAGUGACGUCACGUGCAUACCCUCUAUAGAUAUCCAUGAUUAAUCAUGGCAAAGUCCCUUUAAGACAAGUCAUUUCACUCUGCGGCCAUCUUGAAAUGCCAAGUGCAGCUCCUAUCUUUUUGAAUGGGGAAACAUCAAAUUCUCCAAAACUGUUCAUUAAGCUUACGAUUAAAUUUCAUUUUUAAAAACCCCAAUGAAUAUCUGACAACAACAGUCUCAUAAAGCUUGUUUCUUAUGUUCAAAUAGCGUUUAAAAAAUCUUGUUUUUCAUGCUAGACCAGCCAACGCGCACGCACAGCCAUGAGCGCGAGUCUGAGAACGCGAGUUUCUAUAUCACCCGGAGCUUCUAACUGCAGCUGCAGUGACGUGAUGACUUGACUAAUCAACGAUUGGCUCUUUCACUUAGAAGGCGGGUCUUAUUCACCAUAUUGGGUGUUGUUGCACUUUCUCCCAUUCAUAAGUAAUAGGAGUGCACCGUCUUCCUAUAUAUAAAGUCUUUGAUCGUGGCAGCCAUACUCACAAUCAAAACUUUUUGGAUUGAUUGUGCAGCCCUAGUUUUAAGGAUCAGUUCUAGGUUUGAAGCUGUAUUGGUGAAUGUUUUGGGAACUAUGUUUUUAAAUGAGUAUCUUAGAUUAGGGAAUAGUUUUGUGGACUGGUUUAAUGAAUUUGCUUGAUUAAUAAAUAGGCUCAGAGCACAUGCUCUUUUGAUUUAUAUUGAGCUUUCAUGCUCAGAGAAUCAUGUUUUAUAAACGAUAAUAUAUAAUAUGCUGUCUUGUUUUUAUGCUUCCUCUUACAACAUUUGUACAUUUUUAAAUAUUAUUUCAAUAUUUUUAAUCAAUAUUUGAAAAAUAUAACCUUUUACUCAAAGAUCAAAGUAGAUUUCUUAGUUCUACCUCGUUUUACACUUUAGGCUUGUGAACUGAGCGUACAUGCUCAUUUAGUCAAAAACUACAAGGUCUCUGCAUGGAAAGGAACAGGUUUGAUUUGAAAGGUUUUUUUUAGCUAUUAAGUUAUCAAAAUUUUGAUUUCUGUGAUCAUUUACUCACCUUUGUAUGUUUCUUUCUUCAGUGGAACGUAAAAGACGAUAUUUAGCAGAGUCCAAGCUGCUCUUUUCCAGACAUUUUUCUCAUACGAUUUUUCAGUGAACAACUUAUAUUUCAUUCGGUUUAUCACACUAAGCUGUCAUAUAGGGGUUUAGAAGACUUAAUCCCAAAGCUACUUCAUCCGUCCUCAUUCCGCGAAGGUCCGGUCACUGUCCGUGUGAUGUAAUAUUCAUCAUCGGGUGGGUCCGCAAACGUCUGCACACAACGUCUGCAAAGCCACUUGAAGGCAAGCCUGCAACCUUAGCCGAAAAAAGUGUAACCCCUUCUAACGCUGCAUAAUAAGUUGGCAUACACUUGCUGCAUGUCUCAUAAAACGUUCAAAAAUGUAAACAUCUGAGAAAAAGAGAAGAGCAGACAUAUAGAUAGAUCUGAAAAAGCAUAACGACACAAAAGAGAGCUCUAUUCAGUGUGGUUUUCUGUGCGCACACACUCGAAGCACGCAACCGCGUACACAGAAACACAGAAAGCUAGACAGCGCACGAGUACUGAACUGAGCUCUCUUUUGCAUCUGAAUGGACAAAUACAACAUUAUGUCAAAAUGUCUGUUUUGGAAAGUAUUCACAUAAACAGCAUCGGUUAUGUCUUAAGAAAAUGAAGAAUAUCGGCUGUGCAUCAGUGUAUUAGAUCAACGCAUUCAGUCUUGUGACAGCAGCCUAAUAAACCUGCUGCCGUCUGUGCCCUUAAUAGUCAUCAAACAAAAGACGAAGAGAAAAGCAUUCACUGCUCUUUAAUAGCUUUAUUAAGGAUUAAUUAGAUUUAAUUUAUACAAAUAAAUAUGUCUGCUUGAAAGAAUAAAGAAUGAUGUAUGCAAGUUGUUAUAAAGAAUCCAUAUAUCAUUCAUUGGAACGAAGAUCAUGUUCUUCUUUAGGAGAAGUGAUUUUAUUUAAUUUAAAGAUAAUUAAAGGCACGUUAUAUGUCACGGCAGUUAAAUGUGUCUGUAUUGCAUGUUCAAAACUUUAAUAUUCAUAUUAACAGGUUAAUAGAUGUUUUCUCCAGGAGUAUAUAAUGGGUUUGGAAAUUUAACAGGAAUUCUUAAUUAAUGCAUUGCAAUUUACAGUUGAGAUUUUACUCAACUAAACCUAAAACAAUUCAGAUGACUAAAAUAUGACCAAAACUAAACGCCAUUUUAGUCAAAAGACUGACUAAAACUAAAUCAAAAUUUGCUGUCAAAAUGAACACUGCUGUGCAGUAGUCAAAGAAGAGUGUGUAAAGAGGGAUUAGAGAUCCAAAGCAGCAUAACCUUCUCCAUCGUUUUUGUUUUGGUUCUUGUUCUAAACUUUGCAUGCAAUGGCGGAUACGCUACUUUUCUUCCUCUAUCCUUCCGAGCGAACAUUAUCUGCGUUUCAUUUCGAAGUCUGCAUCCUCCGGAGGUCGCAUUUGAAGGCUGCAUACGUCAGCGAGGAGGUCACAAAAAAAAAAGUAACUAUUAGAUUGCAAAGUAAGAAAGAAAUUACAGUAUUUUACACCUCACGAGGAAUAACAGUCAAGUUUAUUACGGUUACUUUUCUUAAAUAAGACAUCCUUGAUGACAUAUGCAGCCUUCAAAUGUGACCUCCGGAGGAAGCAGUCUCCGAUAUGAGAUGCAGCGAUUGUGUAAAUGAUAUGACUCAGUGCUGCCCUCUGAUGUCUGAUUGAACCUUGAACCUAGAGUAUAAAAAGGGAAUUGUACUGCGCAUGUGUCGAACGCGCCCAUCCGUGCUUAUCCGCGGUUGAGUAUACUUUGAAAGCUGUGCGGACUCCGAACAUGGAAAAUGAAGUAUACUCGGGAAUACUUUUUUCAGAGCUUGAUAGCCUCUGCUGCUGAUCCACUUUCAUUGUAUUGGAGCAGCAUGAACAUUUUUUAGAAUUUCUACUUUUGUGUUCCACGGAAAAAAACAUAAGUCAAAUGGGUUUGGAACGACAUGAGAAUGACACAUUGCACAGAUGUUUAAUUUCUAAUUAGACAGUUUGACCUGAAAUAUCCAUAUCAUGCUUACCGAUGUCAUUUACAUUGCAACAAUUGACUCGUUGAAGAAUUUAUUGUUCUUUUUUGAAUAUCACUAAGAUAUUUAUGUGUAAGCACAUUUUUGAAAGUAUCGACGAUUUCUGUGUAUAUAUAAAAGACAGAAUUUGUGGAAUCUCAAUAAGAGGGACAUGUGCAAUAGUCGCCCUGAUCAAAUGUAAUUAUUUAGCGUAAAUAAUUGUUUACCACACCCUAAUACACAGCCAAUGUAGCAUGCAGAUCUUAAAGAUUUCUUUAUAUUUUCAUCAGAGCAUUGACUGCCUAUGUGCUACCAAAAAAAAAGUCCUAAAGGACUUUUAGUGACCCGCUUUUGUUGCAUUUUCAGCUUGUAUUGUGACGUGGUUUGUUUAUGCUGCCUUUUUUUUGAUGAGUAGUAGCUUUGGCCACCCUCAUUCUCUGUUCACCCGUAACACUCAUGCUCAUAACACUGCUGAAAUGUCUGCUGCCAUCUUUUGUGGCUGUGAUAAUUUUUGCUUGUGGUUUUUUCUAAACAUGGCUUCAUGUUCUGUUUGUUUUCUACUUGUUUUUACACACUCAAUCCCGCCCCAUUCCCCUGCCAGCGAGGGCUGCCGCCGUGAGAAUACCACGAAGAACAUUGGAUGUCGCAAGUAUGCCUUUAACUGUCUGCAGCUGAAGGCCUUUCCUAGAUAUUACAGACCUCCCGAUGGCACUUUCGGGAAAGUGGAGACUUAAUGAAAUGACUCUUGUUUGGAUGUAAUACAGAAAGAUGAUCAGUUAUAUAGUCCUGCACAUUAGAAAUUCAAGCUUCUUCAAGCUAAGCUACAGUAAAUCUGCUCAACACAAAUGCUAUUUCAGUUUGUUCAGAUGGUUAUCGCACAUUUACAUUUCAAGCAUGAACUUGAAGUGGAAAUGUUGACUGCAAUUAUUUGUAUCAGUAGAUGCAGUAGAUACAGACUACAUGUCUGAUCAUUUCUCUUUCAUAAGCUCACAAGUAUCAUCAAACACAUAUGUAUGUAUUACAUGUAAUGUUGUAUUUUAUCAUAUUUGCCCCUCUGUAGUGCACAAUGAAGGGUUUAGUCAUUUUUGCUAUGUAUUUCGUAAUCCUGGCCCUUUAUAGUGCAUAAUGGAGGGUUUAGUCCUUUAUGCUGUAGUCUUGACUGUCUAUCGCAAACUGUUGUGUGUUUAGUACGUUAAGCUACACCUGCUGCAGCAUAAUAGCAAUCAGUCUCAUGGCUUAGAGUCACGUGACUCUUCUUGCCUUGUGUUCGUAUGUCGAGGCUCCACCAUUUUCAAGUGUCAUUUCCCAUAGACCAGCGAAGGAACUUUUGGGAAAUAUGUGUUUUAUUAAUUUUUAGACCUCGUACAUUUAUCCAAACUGAUCAUGCACAGUCCAUCCUCUCAGUCGCGAUAACAAUGUCCUGUUGAAGUAAAAGAAAUGAGCUACUGGCAAGUUUCUUCUAUGGACCAACGUAGAAAAUGAUAAAGGCAAAGUGAGAUCAGUGUAUCACUGUGUUCGGCUGGCAGCAACGACUCUGACAACAUCUUUUUUUAAUAGAUGACGAUGUUGUCGUUCUGUGCUUGUUUUUAACAAGAGGUACAUUCAUAAAUGGAAAAUGGAUACAUUGAGAGAGUACAGUACAGUGCUAAGAAAAUGUGACUGAAAUGUGAAUCUGUUACAGUCAUGCAAAUUAUUUGUUAUUCUUUUGUCAUGCGUGUGUCACUGUUGUUUUUGAUGCUGUUUUUGACACUGAUGUUGAUUUGAUUAUUGUAUGCUUAUACGAAGUUAUUUAAGAGAGAUAUGCUCUGAUUUUUGGAUUGAUUUUUGAUUUGUAUUUAUUUCUUUUUAUGGUAAUGAUCUUGUAUCUUUUAUGAUGCCCUCUUAGAUAUAUUAUGUCUGUCUAGAACAGAGUUCUGCUGUAUUAAAAUGCUGUCAUCAAUAUCUGAUGCCAUUAAAGAGAGAAUAUAAGACCA